AUGGGAGGGCAGGCCGUUCGCUUUGCCCGGGUGCUCCGAUCUGACAGCAAGGAGGACAGGAUCUCUGGGUGCCUCGGGUUUUUUCACCUUAAAUGGGGAUAGUAGUAUCUCCUUAGUGAGGUGGUCGUAAGGAAUGAAUGAGUAAACGUACGUGUAAAGUGCUUCGGGCAGGGCCCGGCGCGGGGAUGCUCUCUUACCGUACUUACCCUAAACAUCCUGCGCAGCCGAGGGUGUGUCAGCCCCAAGGACUUCCAGCAGCUGUUAGGAGAGGCCCCAUCUUGAUAACUAGGCCCUGUGCCACCCAGCUUGAGCAGGAGGUGGAGCGACGGCAGCGGCUGGGGCAGGAGUCGGCUGCCAGGAAAGCCCUCAUUUCGAGCUCCUACCACCCAGCGCGGCCUGAUGUCUACAACACGCUGCAGGACGAGGCUCUGGCCCCCGAGUUUUUGGCUGCAGCUGAGUACAGCACAUCACCGGGUGCAGACCUUGAAGGCCUUCUCCAGCGGCUGGAGACGGUGUCUGGGGCGAAGCGUAUCUACCGGCUGCCGGUGCUCACAGCACCAUUCUGCCAGGCCCUGCUGCAGGAGCUGGAGCACUUCGAGCAGUCAGACAUGCCCAAGGGAAGACCCAACACCAUGAACAAUUAUGGGGUGCUGCUGCACGAGCUAGGCCUGGAUGAGCAGCUGGUGACGCCCCUGCGGGAGCGCUUCCUGCAGCCACUGACAGCGCUGCUGUAUCCAGACUGUGGAGGGGGCUGGCUUGACAGCCACCGGGCCUUCGUGGUCAAAUACGCGCCAGGCCAGGACCGUGAGCUCGGCUGCCACUAUGAUAACGCCGAGCUCACCCUCAACGUGGCCCUUGGCAAGGCCUUCACGGGGGGCGCCCUGUACUUCGGGGGCCUCUUCCAGGCGCCUUCAGCCCUGGCCCGGCCCCUGGAGGUGGAGCACGUGGUGGGCCAGGGCAUCCUGCACCGGGGUGGCCAGCUGCACGGGGCCCGGCCCCUGGGCACGGGCGAGCGCUGGAACCUCGUCAUCUGGCUCCGGGCCUCUGCUGUGCGUAACCGCCUGUGCCCCAUGUGCUGCCGCAAACCUGACCUGGUGGACGACGAGGGCUUCGGCGACGGCUUCACCCGCGAGGAGCCCCCUGUGGUGGAUGUGUGCGCCCUGACUUGAGCCAGGCCGGGCCGUGUGGGGGUAGCAUGGCAGGCGAGGGCUCUGCCUCUUGGGUAGGGUAGGACAGGAAUAAACUUCCUGCAGCCCUCAGGCACUUCUUGGUUCAAAAGGACACAGCGGCUUCUGCGUCAUUCUUUCCCCAGACAGGCUGGCUUGGGUCAGGUUUGUCAGAGCCUGAGAUGGGGAUUCCUGGGCAGGUGGUUUGUUGAAGGAAAACCUUCAGGAGAAGGGUGUGAGGGAAGGACAGGGCGGGAAAGAGCUGGGCCAAGAUGUGGUUUCAAAGGGCAUGCAGCCUCAGCCCAAUCCUGCGGAGCACUCGAGCAUGAAUCUAGCAGUCUGCGCCCCCGCCCCCCGGGUCAGAGAGGCUAUAGGGUGUCUCUGGGCUGCGCUGGGCACUGGGCGGUGGGUGGGGAGGUGGCAGUGACUUCCCAGAUACCCAUCUCCAGGGCAGGUUGGCUCCCAUGACCAAGGGAACCUUCCAGAGAAGAGUACAGGUGAGUUAGGAACACACACCACAGCAGGGAUGGAGAGCAUCUGUCUAUAAAGGGGAUUCGGGUGAGCCACCAAUAGCAACUUCUAGUUGGUGAUGAGGGCUUAGCACAGCGGGGUUUAAGGGAAAGACUCGAGCCAGACUGCCUGGGUUCAGAUUCUGAUUCUGCGGCUUCCAGUGGUGUGACUGUGGGGCAGCCACGUGACCUCUUUGUGCCUUGGUUUCCUCUCCUGGAAAGAACCUAUCUCCUAAAGCUGUUGUGAGAAUCAAAUGAGUUAACGUUCAUAAAGUGCUUUACAGCA